AAACACAUUAAGAUAUCAUACUUAUGAAAUGAUCAUGGCAUUGCGUGAGUCAUUGGUUUUAUUCUUCCUUUCAUCCGCCUGGGGAUUAUCUGAGGCUCCCGAAUCAUACGAGGUUUAUUUUGAACCCAGUUCAAUUAUUCUGCAACAAAAUGAAUAUGAAACAUUAUACAUAGGAUUGAAUGAUACGGCAAGCAGAUGGACAGAUCUUGAAGUAGAAUAUUGGGAUAAAAAUAGAAAUCUCUUUCCAACAAACGAGUUAGGUCACUUCGCCAUUCGUCCAAUCGAUACAAUAAAAGUGGAAUUAAAUCAAUGGAGCCCCAAUGACAUCAUAGUUAUUCCCAAGUCAAUCGGUUUUAUAAGUUUAGGAAUUAAAUCUAAUAAAGAUAUAACGAUUGUAAAUACAGAAAAGCCACUGUGUCAUAUAACUGUGGUACGCCAACGCUCUUUGUAUACACUUCAAAUGGUGAUGGGUUGGCUUUACUUUGCUGCUUGGACAAUCUCAUUCUACCCUCAAUUAAUUAUGAACUGCAAACGAAGAAGUGUGGUUGGAUUCAACUUCGACUUUGCUGUGUUCAAUGUGGUUGGAUAUUUCUUCUACAAUAUCUACAAUAUUGGUUUGUAUUGGAUUCCACUUAUUCAGAAACAAUAUUUGACAAGAAAUCGUCUCGGUUCAAUACCAGUGAUGAUAAAUGAUUUGGCAUUCAGCAUUCAUGCAUUCACUAUUUCAUUGUUGACGAUUUUUCAAAUUUUCGUCUAUAAGCGUGGUGGUCAACGUGUGUCGAAAAUAUGUGUGGGAAUACUUGUUUCAUUAUUUAUCUAUUCAGUGAUCUUUUGUAUUCUGAGUGGGAUUGAGAUCGUCCAAUGGCUGGAUACAUUGUACAUGUUAUCUUAUAUUAACCUGUUCACUUCACUCAUUAAAUAUGCACCUCAGGCUUUUAUGAAUUUCCGUCGUAAAAGUACAGAAGGCUGGAGUAUAGAUUAUGUUAUGUUAGAUUUCGCUGCCGGAGUUUUUAGUAUUUCACAGUUAUUGAUUUCAGCGUACAAUAACGAUGAUUUCAGCAGUAUAACUGGAUCACCUGAGAAACUUGUAUUAGGAAUUUUAUCAAUGGCAUUUAAUAUUUUAUUUAUGAUACAACAUUGGAUCUUUUAUCAAUCUUCAUCAUCAUCAUCAUCAAAAUCACUCUCUCAGCUGCAAUCGCAAACAUAA